AUGGACGCGUCCCUCACCUGUGUGCAGGCGCGACUGGCCACUUUUCAGGGCUCGACAGGCAACAAGCUGCGGCGUACAUCAUCUCGCUCGAAGAAGGCAGCACCCAAAGCGAAGAAUGCCUGGCCAUUAGCGGCGCCGUCUGCUCAGGACCUGGCGUACGCUGGCUUCGUCUGGAGGCCAACCAGUGCAAGCCCCGACAACGUUCAAUGCUUUGCGUGCCAUUGCCAGCUGGACGGCUGGGAAGAAAGCGACAAUCCGGCCUACGAACACCUCACGCAUUCCCCUAGCUGUGGCUACGCAGCCGUCAUCUGCAUACGUUUGCGCAAUGGCGACCCCGGCAGAACAGAAGAAGAUCCGACCAGCGAAUCAAUGACGGCAGCGCGACGUGACACAUUCGCCGACCUCUGGCCUCUCGACACAGCCGCCGGCUUUCCUGGUCCAGAUCAGCUCGCCGCAGCUGGCUGGUAUUACGACCCGACCGAGGAGACGUCUGAUGGUGUGACAUGUCCUUAUUGCUCUUUGUCCCUGGACGCCUGGGAUGCCGGCGAUGAUCCGUUGGAAGAACACCGUCGACGUGCGGCGGACUGCCUUUUCUUCUCCCUCAGCGAACUCUACCAUCCUACAACGAAGCCAGCACCGAAGAAGGGCAAGCGGGCCUCGACCACUAAGGCUACGAAGGCCAAGCGCGCAUCCACGAGAUCCUCAAUCGCCAGCACAACUAAGAAGAGCACACGCGGCAAAAAACGCACGAGUGAAGAGGUUGAGGAUUUCCCGACAAACACUGUUGACAUGGAGCAUACCGGUAGCACGCAGAGCAAGAAACGCACAAGCGAACAGGUUGAUGGCUUUGAGGAUGUCAUGGAGUCUCCCAAAAGGCUCCGUUACUCAAGCAUCUCGAGCCUGCCCGAUUCUCUACCGGCUGGCACCCCUAAGAAGACGCCAUCUGGACAACGCGAAUCGUUCGACAUGUCUAGUCUGCCCAACUCUUUACUCGUCAGUACGCCUAAGAGGACCCCUGACUCCAUGAAGGCUGGAGGGCUCCAGCAGAUAUGGCAACCCAUCGAGAUCGACGCCUUCUUCAAGGACGACCACCACCUGGACCAAUUGAUGAGCGACGUUUUGAUUGACGCUGGUCUCGACACAAUUGAUCCAUCCAAAAAUCCCGAGGAUCUCCACGCCGCAGUAAUGGCUGGCCUCACUGACGCCGAAAAGGACAUGACGGUUGAGCAGUGGAUUAUCUACAACGCACAUCGAGGGGAAGCCAAGCUCCGCAUGCAGUGCCAGCAGCAGAUUGCGGCUUUCGAAGCGGAGACCAAACGGGCUAUGGCGGCUUUGGACAAGAUUGUCAUCGUUUGA